UUCCUCUCUGGUUUCUUCCAGCUCGUAAACCUGAGCUUUCAGAAGAGUUGGAGGAAUGGGCAGCCUUCCAAUGGUCCUGCUUCUCUGCGGUUUCCACGCGCUCACAGCUGCGGCCCAAGCACAGCAGACCUCGGAUCCGGUGGCUGUCUCUGACCUACCGCCGGACUGUCGGGAGGAGAUGUACCCCUGCACCAGGAUGUACUCUGUCCACAGGCCCAUCAAGAGAUGCAUCCACUCUCUGUGCCUCUACAGCCUCCCUCGGGUGUACGUCAUCAACAAGGAGAUCUGCGUGAGGACCAUCUGCCAACAGGAUGAAUAUCUGAUGGCGGAGCUGUGCAGAGAGAGGUCUGGCUGGCCCAAGCGCCUGCAGAGGUCAACGAACAACAAGAAACGCUGUCGCAAUCGCCGUGGCAACCCCAAAACCUGGGCAAACAAGGCCUGAUGGACCCAACAUGGCUGCGAGGCGGUGGAGGGAGGAGGGGUGUCCCCAUGGAGACAGAACACCAGGGCGUCUCCAUAAAAACACCCCAAAACACCAUAAAUCCACAACUCAACACCUGGUCCUGAGCCUGCAUCUAUCAACCUACACACACACACACAGAGGAAAGUGUUGUCUGCAUCACAUCCCCACAGUUUUACUGUCUGUGAAUAUCGGGGGGGGGGGGGUUAGAUCAUUUCAUCUGUGUGUGUUGUCUGACACGGAUCAGGUCCUCCUGGUUUCCGAUAGGGCCUCAGAGGGCUGUAUAACCUCAUGUUCAGAUGUAACACUGGUCAGUCUAUGCAUAUAUCACCUAGACUUAACACCGUGUUCAAGUCUAUCAUGCACUCUAUGUCAAUCCAAUACUAAGAUCACUUUAUCCAAUAAACAUUUAUUAAUUGUU